CAAAAAGUACUCGCUGAUCCUUCGUCUACUUGCGAUGAAAAUGUCAACUCCAAUAUAUCACAUUCUCCAGAGGAAGAGCCUGAGCCUCAGUUGAUAUUCGAUACGGGGCUACAUACAUGGCUCCAAGCUUUGGGCUCAUUCUUUCUUUUUUUCAAUUCAUGGGGAAUCAUCAAUACAUGGGGAGCAUAUCAAACUUAUUAUGAGCGAGAGUUGCUCGUCGGUACUUCAUCAUCGACCAUUGCCUGGAUUGGAUCGCUGCAGUCAUUCCUUCUGAUGAUGAUUGGAGUCAUUACAGGUCCACUUUUUGAUGCCGGCUAUUUUCGAUCCCUCCUUAUCACCGCUGCAUUCAUGCUGCCCUUUGGCUUGAUGAUGACCAGUCUUGCCACUAAAUACUGGCACCUGAUUCUUUCCCAGGGUGUUUGUGUCGGACUUGCAGCAGGCUGUCUUUUCGUGCCUUCCGUUGCCAUCUUGCCGCAGUAUUUCCACCGUAAGAGAGGACUAGCCAAUGGCUUAGCUGCCAGUGGCAGCAGUAUCGGUGGUGUAAUUUACCCAAUCAUGUUCGAUCAGUUGCAGAAGAAGGUCGGUUUUGCCUGGGCUACCCGAUCUCUUGGGUUCGUCUGCUUUGGCACCAUUUGUUUUUCUAUUAGCAUCAUGCGCUCGCGCUUCCAGCCAAAGGAGAAGCGAAAGCUCUACCAGUUGUCUGCUCUAAAGGAGCCGGCCUUUACUGUCUUUGCCAUUGCCAUGUUCAUGGGCUUCUUGGGCUUCUACAACUUCCUUUUCUAUGUGCAGUCCUACGCAAUUGAGACAGGCAUUGUAGACUCAAACCUAGGAUUCUACCUACUCUCCAUGCUAAACGCUGCGUCCACCUUCGGCCGUAUUGCGCCUAACUUCCUCGCCGAUCACGUUGGCCCUUUGAAUAUGCUCACGCCCGCCGUGACCAUCACUUCCAUCCUAGCCUUUGUCUGGAUCCGUGUUCACACAGUACCUGGCAUCAUCAUCCUUGCCGUUGUCUACGGCUUCUUCUCGGGUGGGUUUGUGUCUCUGCCACCUGUGGUCAUGGCAAGCAUGACUCCGGACGUGCGCAAUCUGGGCACUCGGUUGGGUAUGGUCUUUGCUAUCACUUCCAUAGGUCUGUUGAUCGGUACCCCCAUCGGUGGUGCAAUCCUGGCCGAUACAAACCAAUUUCUCGGAGUUCAGCUCUUUACCGCGUGCUGUCUCGCUACCUCUACGGUUCUUAUGAUCUGUGUUAGAUUUCUGCGCUCGGGUCUUGAGCUCCAUGCCAAGGUUUGA